UACUCCACUUACCAGACGGAAUCACGUGGCUGGCAUCGUCGCUUCAGUCAGGAAGUAGAUAUUAGCUGACUGGAUAUCGGUCUGGACACUUUCCCCUUAACAAAGUGCCAGUCAUUACUAGAGCCGCGAGUCGGUGAAGUAGACAGGCUUUUGUUCCAUUGACUGUCAGUUAUUGUCUGCAGUGCACUUGGUAUAUGUAUGAAAGUUAAAGAUAUGGAUCCCGGAUAAGGAGAAUAUUUUAGAAACACCGGUCUACGGGGUUGGUCAGGAGAGAACAGCGGCCCCAGGCCCCGUCCAGACGACCUGCACUGCAGUCGGGAAGAGAGGAGACAUAAUUCGGACACGGACACGGACUAGUAGCCGGCUAUUGUGGUCGCAGAACACCGGGAGACGACUAAUUGCUCAAGCUUUGUUCAGCCUCCCCCUGCCCUCCCACCCCCCUGAUUCAGUUCUGGGAGAGUUCUGAACUCGCACGUCGCCAAGAUAGCCGGGUCGAGCAGGAAGAGAGAGUCGUCAGAUCCAGACCCCAGCGGCGGCGGUGGCGGCGGCGAGGGAAGCCCGCUGAGCGCUAAGUGCCUGAAGAUGGCGAGCAGGGAGGAGGGGGCGCGCCUCGGGGGCGACGCCCAGCAGGGGGCGCGCCUCGGGGGCGGCGCCCAGCAGGGGGUGCGCCUCGGGGGCGACGCCCAGCAGGGGGCGCGCCUCGGCGGCACGGCCCAGCAGGGGGGGCUGGCCGGCUCCAGCUCCACCAGCAAGAAGAAGCAGAAGGACAGAGCCAAUCAGGAGAGCCGGGAGGCCAAGAGGGCGGCAGCCGCCGGCGUUGUCGUCGGGGGCAACGGAGACGCCAAGAAAGAUGUGUUUGUGGACUGGAAGCAGAGCGCCAGCGAGGUCACGGUGAGGCUGCGUUGUGGAGAGGACGUCCAGCGGACCGGCGACGUCCUCACCUCCUUCACAGACACACACUGCCACGCCCGCUUCCCAGACGGACGCCAGUGGAGCUGUCGUCUGCAGGAGGAGAUUGAAGGCUCGUGCAGCAGGGUGCAGUACAAGGAGAAGGGCAACUUCCUGUUGCUCGUCAUGCACAAGAAGAUCCCCUUCCACACCUGGCCCUCCCUCAUGUCCAACAAGAAGGAGAAGGAGACGGUAACCACGGAGACCAAGAACGGGAAAGAGGUGGAUGCAGGUGUGAAGAAGACAGAGAAGGCCGUCACGGAGACCACAGAGAAAGGGAAGCGCCCCUCUCUCCCUCCUCCUCCCUCCUCUUCCUCCCCGCCGCCUGCCCAACUUCCCCGCGCCAAGGCCGACCGUGGUGUCAAGCGCACCAUGAAGCCCAGGCUGGUGGGGGAGGCGGGGUCCAGGCAGGGGGAGGCGGGGUCCAGGCAGGGGGAGGCGGGGUCCAGGCAGGGGGAGGCGGGGUCCAGGCAGGGGGAGGCGGGGUCCAGGCAGGGGGAGGCGGGGUCCAGGCAGGGGAAGGCGGGGUCCAGGCCUGUGGGCAGGAAGGGGGAGAAGGAACACCUACAGGAACCCAGCCCCAAACGAACCAUCAAACCUGUAAAGACUAGAGAGACAAGCUCUCAACUCUCCACCAGGGACACACACACCUCACCUGCAGACACACACAUCUCACCUGCAGACACACACACCUCACCUGCAGACACACACACCUCACCUGCAGACACACACACCUCACCUGCAGACACACACACCUCACCUGCAGACACACACACCUCACCUGCAGACACACACACCUCACCUGCAGACACACACACCUCACCUGCCACCAAUGGGAAGGUGUGUGAUGCGGAGAGAGAGAGCCCAGGGAGCAAGCGGGAGAGCGGGGCUGAUCGGACCGCCAGGCAGACUCAGGGGGAAGAGACGGAGUUGAUAGCCUGGAAUGUGGAUGCGAAGAUCAGCCAAUCAGCAGCCAGCAUGACUGUUGGUGAACGCCUCCAAACAGAGGCCUCGUCCAAUAGAAGUGUUCCUUCUGCUGCUGCUGCCGCUGCUGCAGGAAGACUGGGAGAAGCUCAGCCCCAGCCCCAGGGAGAGCCCCAGGGAGAGCCCCAAGGAGAGCCCCAAGGCCAGCCAGGGAGGACUGCCUCAGGCCGGGGCUGUGGGAGCCCGGAGGAGCCCAUCUUCCUGAAGACAGGAGCAGGGGGUGACUCACCUCCAGACCCUGGCCCCUCCCCGGACCCAACCUCAUCCCCUGCCCCAGCCUCAUCCCCUGCCCCAGCCUCAUCCCCUGCCCCAGCCUCAUCCCCUGCCCCAGCCUCAUCCCAUGCCCCCUCCCUGGCCCCAGCCUCAUCCCCUGCCCCCUCCCUGGCCCCAGCCUCAUCCCCUGCCCCAGCCUCAUCCCCUGCCCCAGCCUCAUCCCCUGCCCCAGCCUCAUCCCCUGCCCCAGCCUCAUCCCCUGCCCCAGCCUCAUCCCCUGCCUCUGCCCCAGCCUCUGGCCUGAGACAGAACGGCCCAGAAAAGGAGAAGGAGGAGAAGAAGGAUCUGUGUAAAGAGGAGUCUCUAGAGACCCAGGAGGACGCUCCAGAGCCCAUGGUCAACCUGCAGUUUGUGAAGAACGACUCGUACGAGAAGGGCACAGACCUGAUGGUGGUGAACGUCUACAUGAAGACCAUCUGUAGGGAGUCUGCCAGGGUCAUCUUCAGAGAGCAGGACUUCACACUCAUCUUCCAGACCAGUGAUGCUAACUUCCUGCACCUCCACCCAGACUGUGGGGUCAACACAAUGUUCAAGUGGCAGGUCAAACUCAGGAACCUGAUCCAGCCAGAACAGUGCAGUUAUUCGUUCACCCCAUCUCGCAUCGACAUCACGCUGAAGAAGAGACACAGCCAGCGCUGGGGUGGGCUGGAGGCCUCCUCCACACAAGGUGCAGUGGGGGGAGCCAAGGUGGCUGUGGGUUCCAGCCCCUCCAGCCUGGAGAAGACCCCCGCAGGGAAGGGCAGCCCGCUCAGCCUCCCGGCCCAGCCCGAGGGCCCGCGCCUGGGGGAAGACCAGCCCUCCGCCCCCCGGGCCCCGGAGGACGGAGGCCUGGACAUGGUGGGGCCUCGCUCUGUCAGCGAACACCCCACCCUGAAGCAGGAGACCCCUGUUACCAUGCCCAAGCCUACCUGCAUGGUGCAGCCCAUGAGCCACGGCCCCCCCAUGCCUGGGGAGCCCCGCGAGGAUGAGGAGGAGAGGAAGGUGUGUCUGCCAGGAUUCACCGGAUUGGUCAACCUGGGAAACACCUGCUUCAUGAACAGUGUCAUCCAAUCACUGUCCAACACCAGAGAGCUCCGAGAUUACUUCCAUGACCGGGCGUUUGAGAGGGAGAUCAACUGCAGCAACCCCCUGGGAACUGGAGGCCGGCUGGCCAUCGGCUUUGCUGUGCUGCUCAGAGCCCUCUGGAAGGGCACACACCACGCCUUCCAGCCCUCCAAACUCAAGGCCAUCGUGGCCAGUAAGGCCAGUCAGUUCACGGGCUACGCCCAGCACGAUGCCCAGGAGUUCAUGGCCUUCCUGUUAGACGGCCUUCACGAGGACCUGAACCGCAUCCAGAACAAACCUUACACUGAGACAGUGGACUCAGACGGCCGUCUGGACGAGGUGGUGGCAGAUGAGGCGUGGCAGAGACACAAGAUGAGGAACGACUCGUUCAUAGUGGACCUGUUCCAGGGACAGUACAAGUCCAAGCUGGUGUGCCCCAUGUGCUCCAAGGUGUCUAUAACCUUUGAUCCCUUCCUCUACCUGCCUGUGCCUCUGCCUCAGAAGCAGAAGGUGCUCACUGUGUUCUACUUCUCCAAGGAGCCCCACAAGAAGCCCAUCAAGUUCCUGGUCAGUGUGAGCAAGGAGAACUCCAGCACCGCUGAGGUUCUGGAGACCAUCUCCAGGAGCGUCAGGGUGAAGGCAGAGAACCUCCGGCUGGCCGAGGUGAUGAGGAGUCGUCUCCAGAGGGUGUUCCUCCCCUCCUCCUCCCUGGACUCUCUGUCCUCCUCAGACAUGCUGUUCUGCUUCGAGGUUCUCUCCAAAGAGCUGGCCAAGGAGAGGGUGCUGGUGCUGCGUGUGCACCAGAGGCCCCAGGUCCCCAGCACUCCCAUCUCUAAGUGUGCCGCCUGUCUGAAGCCUCCUGCCUCUGAGGAGGACAAGCUGAAGCGCUGCAUGAGGUGCUACAGAGUGGGCUACUGCAACCAGGUGUGUCAGAAGAACCACUGGUCCAACCACAAGCUGAUGUGUCGCCCCAACACGGAGAGUGUGGGGCUCCCCUUCCUGGUCAGCGUGCCCCAGUCCCGCCUCACCUACGCCCGGCUGGCCCAGCUGCUGGAGGGCUUCUCCAGGUUUUCAGUCAACGUGUUCCAGCCUCCCUUCCAGUCAGGGAGGUCGUCUCCCGAGGGCUCCCAGUCCCGGUCAGACCUGCCCCCCAUCCCCGCCGGCCCCGCUCCGGGCGGCCUGGAGGCCGGGGAGGCGGCUGAGGAGGGGGCUGAGGGAGCCUCCCUGACACAGGAGCGCUCCUCUAAGACCGCCCAGGCCUCAGCCCCUUCUGCAGGAGAUGCAGACUCCUCCUCCCUCUCCACCACCAGCACCUCUGAGUCUGGCUUCUCCUCUCCUCCUCCCUCAUCCUCCUCCUCCUCUCAGGACACUCAGCCAGAGAAGGAGACCUCAUGUGAGAAGGCCGUGCGACCGGAAGCUGCAGUGCCAGGGUAUCAGCAGCCCAUGGAGGCAGCCUCAGGAUACACCUGCCAGUUCUACAUCUCCCUGCUGGACGCCAACAACAAGGAUGUUCCCCUGGAGGAGAAAGGCGAUGCAGUGCUGGAGCUGCCAGAUGACAGCUGUCUGGAGCUGGUGUGGAAGAACAACGAGCGUGUGAAGGAGCACGUGCUGGUGCGCUCCAAGGAGCUGGACUACCUGGACGACCCCAGCAGUGCCAGCGACACGGCCCGGGCAGGACACUUCACCCUGGGCCAGUGUCUCAGCCUGUUCACCAAGCCUGAGGUGCUGGCUCCAGAGGAGGCCUGGUACUGUCCUAAGUGCCAGCAGCACAGAGAGGCCUCCAAGCAGCUGUUGCUAUGGCGACUGCCCAGCGUGCUCAUCAUCCAAUUGAAACGCUUCUCCUUCAGGAGCUUCAUCUGGAGGGACAAGAUCAACGACAUGGUGGACUUCCCUGUCAGGAACCUGGACCUGAGCAAGUCGUGUAUCGGUCAGAAGGAUGACCUGCAGCAGCGUCCGGUGUACGACCUGUACGCCGUCAUCAACCACUACGGAGGCAUGAUCGGGGGCCACUACACCGCCUACGCACGGCUGCCGAGCGACAAGAACAGCCAGCGCAGCGACGUCGGGUGGCGUCUAUUUGAUGACAGCACGGUGACCACUGUGGAGGAGAGUCAGGUGGUGACCCGCUACGCCUACGUGCUCUUCUACCGCAGACGCAACUCCCCUGUGGAGCGGCCCUCCAGGCCCCCGGGGGCCGAGCCCCCCGCCACCGCUGCCAGCCAGGUGGGGCACCACUCUGUACAC